CAUAUCCCAAUCCCAUAAGCUUAUCUCACAAUUUCUCUAAUCCUCGAAGCCUCACUUCUCGAGUUCUAAAAGCAUUCCACCGGUAAGUUCCAUUUUGCUCCCCAAUCUGAUAAUAACCCAUCGUUCAUUCGCACAGAUCCAAUCUGGAUCCACAGCCAAAGCCUGUGAUAGAACCUUUACCCUCGACGAUCCAGAAACAUGGGUCACUUAAAUCUACCGGCAUCCAAACGGAACCCGCGGCAAUGGAAGCUUUUGGACUUCAUAUCCGCCGUGUUCUUCGGCCUCGUACUCUUGUUCUUCCUGCUAGUAUUCACCCCUCUCGGGGAUUCCAUGGCUGCCUCUGGUAGGCAAACCCUGUUGCUUUCCACGUCGGAUCCGAGGCAACGGCAUCGUUUGGUAUCGUUGGUGGAACUCGGCCACCACCACAAGCCAAUCGAAGCGUGCCCCGCCGAUUCCGUUGAUCAUAUGCCGUGUGAGGACCCAAGGCGUAACAGCCAGCUGAGCAGGGAGAUGAAUUUAUAUAGAGAAAGGCAUUGCCCUUUGCCUGAUGAAACGCCUCUUUGCUUGAUCCCUCCUCCUCCUGGUUAUAAGAUUCCUGUUCAGUGGCCUGAAAGCUUACAUAAGAUAUGGCAUUCCAAUAUGCCACACAACAAAAUUGCUGACAGGAAAGGUCACCAAGGAUGGAUGAAAGAGCAAGGUCCCUAUUUUAUUUUCCCUGGUGGUGGAACAAUGUUCCCUGAUGGAGCUGCUCCAUAUAUCGAGAAACUCGGGCAGUACAUUCCCAUAAAUGGUGGAACUCUUAGGACUGCCCUUGAUAUGGGAUGUGGGGUUGCAAGUUUUGGGGGUUCAUUGUUAUCUGAAGGCAUUUUGACACUCUCGUUUGCUCCUAGAGAUUCCCACAAAGCACAAAUACAAUUUGCAUUAGAAAGAGGAAUACCGGCCUUUGUUCUAAUGCUCGGCACUCGCAGACUCCCUUUUCCUGCAUUUGCAUUUGACUUAGUUCACUGCUCCCGAUGCUUGAUCCCUUUCACAGCUUAUAAUGCAACUUAUUUCGUUGAAGUGGAUCGGUUACUACGUCCAGGUGGAUAUUUGGUCAUCUCUGGACCCCCUGUACAGUGGCCUAAGCAAGAUAAGGAGUGGGCAGACCUCCAGUCUGUGGCAAGUACAUUGUGUUAUGAGUUGAUUGUUGUAGAUGGGAAUACGGUCAUUUGGAAAAAGCCCGAUGGAGAUUCAUGUCUUCUGAACCAAAACGAAUUUGGGCUUGAAUCUUGUGAUCAAUCAAAUGACCCCAGUAAUGCAUGGUACUUUAAGUUAAGAAGAUGCGUGGCUCCAACAUCUUCCGUGAAUGGAGAAUUUCCGCUUGGGAUGAUUCCUAAGUGGCCAGACAGGCUAACAAGAGCUCCUUCAAGGGCUUUGGUCAUGAGAAACGGGAUUGAUUUGUUUCAGGCAGACACAAGGCGGUGGACAAGGAGAGUUGCUUAUUAUAAGAAUACUCUGCAUCUGAAGCUUGGGACUCCAGCAGUGCGCAAUGUCAUGGACAUGAAUGCAUUUUUUGGAGGUUUUGCAGCAGCACUUGCUUCAGAUCCAGUAUGGGUGAUGAAUGUUGUUCCUGCUUGGAAACCACUAACUCUUGGUGUUAUAUAUGACAGAGGCCUUAUUGGAGUAUACCAUGAUUGGUGUGAGCCCUUUUCAACAUACCCUCGUACUUACGAUUUUAUCCAUGUAGCUGGCAUUGACUCGCUAAUAAAGCUUCCCGGUUCAAGCAAGAGCAGAUGUAACCUUGUGGAUCUAAUGGUGGAGAUAGAUAGGAUGUUGCGUCCAGAAGGAACUGUUGUGAUUCGAGAUUCUCCGGAAGUAAUCGACAAAGUGGCUCGAAUAGCUCACGCUGUAAGGUGGACACCCACCAUACAUGACAAGGAACCUGAAUCACAUGUGAGAGAGAAAAUCCUGGUAGCAACGAAAACGUUUUGGAAGCUAACUUCAACUUCCCAUUGAGACGGACUUGUUCGUUGUAAUGCAGGUAUAAUCCUUUUCAUUUUUGUUCAUUUUAUGAAGCCAAGUUGUCCUCCUCAUGCAUCAAAUAGAUGCAAUCUUGAUUCUUUUUUCCUUAUUUGGUAUAUUUAUAUCACAAAAUAGUAGAUGUACAAAAAGUAUAAAAAAAUUAUCAAAAGGCUACAGCUUUCUGGCAGUAGACAUAUAGCAAUGACAAUUGCAAUUUAUGUUAGCUGUAAGAACUGAUUGUAAAUUGACAGCAUAUAUAGAUUGUCAUGAACUUGAUGCUGAUUCAUUAUU